UCCCGCAGCCGCGAAGCUUCCCGGGACAGCACCAGCUUCCCCCCCACCAAAGAGCCCUCCCGACCCGGGGCCUGCUUCCCACCCCACAGCGCCAAAGCCCAGCACCAAGAGAUCCCAUCCAGCCCCAGGGAAGAAGGGAGAAGGACCCCCUCCCCUCCUGCGAGGCAACACAGCCACACCCCACCACCACAACCACCAGCACGCAGCAUGCAGGCCGAGAGCACAUUUCCAGAACGAGGCAGGCCAGAGCCUCUCAAUCCAACGGUGACGGAGGAGUCUGUCCUAGACAUCGGGGGUCUCGCCUCGGAGCCGCCGCGCCCGAUCGAGCCGCCGGGCAGCAAAACCGAGGAGAAGCAGACGAUGCCCAUGGAGCUGUCGGAGCCCCAGCCGGAGAACGAGGCCCUGGAGCCCGGUGGCCCCGAGGACCAGCCUUCCGCAGAACCCCCGGGCCCCGAAGACGAGGAGAAGAAAGAGGUAGCGUGUCGGGAAGGCGCCCUUCGGCAGAGAGGCAGGGGAGCGUAGAGGGCAUCCAGACGAGCGGCUGGGCAGGAUGGGGCUUUUGGGGGCAGAUGAAGGGCCAGUCAGCACUACCCUGGAAGGGGGGCGGGUGCGAUGGGAAGAGAGGAAAGGAUGGUGUGUGUGUGUUUCAAAAUGUCAGAUCUAAGCAACCCCUCACCCAGCAAAACCUUUGCACUAGGGACUUCUGAUGUGAUACCCCACCUUUUGUGCAAGGAGAUUUUUAAGGCAGGGGAGUUUGGACGCACCACAAUCCCCCCCCCUUUUUUUUUUGCCGUCAGAGUGUACAAUUCUGCUUCCCAAAAAUGUCCACUUGGGGGAAAUCUUACCCCCCCUCCCCUUUAAAUUUUAACCUAAUAAACCACUGCAAUUGGAAAAAAUACGUUAGGCCUAUCAGGCUGAGAAAUGAGAAAUAAGUUGUGUUUUUCAACCGUGGUGACUUGAAGGCGGGUGGACUUCAACUCCCACAAUUCUCCC